AUGGCUAACAUCCAGAGAGUCGUGAUCUCGCUGAUGGUCAUUCUGGCUGCCACCUUCUUAUUCAUGGGUCAGACCGCGCAGGCAGCCAAGGGUCCCAAGGUCACGCAUAAAGUCUACUUUGACAUCGAACAUGGCGAGGAACCCCUGGGCCGGAUUGUCUUGGGCUUAUAUGGGAAGACAGUGCCCAAGACUGCUGAGAACUUCCGAGCAUUGGCCACGGGCGAGAAAGGCUUCGGCUACGAGGGAUCGUCGUUCCACCGUGUUAUCAAGAAUUUCAUGAUUCAGGGAGGCGAUUUCACCAGAGGAGAUGGCACCGGUGGCAAAUCAAUCUACGGGGACAAGUUCCCAGACGAGAACUUCAAGUUGAAGCACACGAAGAAAGGCCUCUUGAGCAUGGCCAAUGCAGGGAAAGACACGAACGGAUCGCAGUUCUUUAUCACUACAGCCAUCACCAGCUGGCUUGAUGGUCGACAUGUUGUGUUUGGCGAAGUGCUCGAAGGCUAUGAUAUCGUCGAAAAGAUCGAAAAUGUUCCCAAGAGCUCUGGAGAUCGACCUGCCAAACCGGUCAAGAUCGUGAAGAGUGGGGAGCUCGAAGUGCCACCGGAAGGUAUCCAUGCCGAGCUGUAG